AUGGAGGCGUUGCUUGCAGAGCUCCCCGCUGGGGGUGUGGGCGCGCUGGCUGCCACCGCCGUGGCUGUCGGCCUGCUGGCCGUGGCCGUCGCGCUCGCCGCUAAGGUUGACGUUGGAAUGGGGCGCAAGAACCGCACCAACGCCCCCCCAGUGGUUCCUGGUUUGCCGAUUAUUGGAAAUCUACAUCAACUAAAAGAAAAGAAGCCCCAUAAGACUUUUGCAAAAUGGUUUGAUAUUUAUGGGCCAAUAUAUACAAUAAGGACAGGGGCAUCUUCGAUAGUUGUGCUCAACUCAACAGAGGUAGCCAAGGAGGCAAUGAUUGAAAAAUUCUUCUGCAUAUCUACUCGAAAGCUAUCUAAAGCGUUGUCUGUGCUCACUCGUGGUAAAACCAUGGUUGCUACCAGUGACUACGGGGAGUUCCACAAAACGGUGAAGCGUCAUGUUAUGGCGGCCGUGUUGGGUUCUUCUGCUCAGAGAAAAUUCCGGAACACAAGGGACAUGAUGAUGGAUAACAUGCUGAGCAGUUUUCAUACGUUGGUGAGUGGUGACCCACAUGCUCCUCUGAACUUCAGAGAGGUCUUCAAGGUCGAGCUAUUCCGCUUGUCCUUGAUACAGAGUUUGGGUGAGGAUGUGGGUUCGGUUUACGUGAAGGAGUUUGGAAGGGAGAUAUCCAAGGAUGAAAUCUACCAGAUCACCGUGGUCGACCUGAUGAUGUGUGCAAUCGAUGUCGAUUGGAGGGAUUUCUUCCCAUACCUCAGCUGGAUUCCGAACAAGAGCUUCGAAACAAGAGUUCUUACCACAGAAUCUAGGCGAACGGCGGUGAUGCAGGCGCUAAUCCAUCAACAGAAGAAACGAAUUGCGCGCGGCGAGGCAAAGGUGUCCUAUCUGGACAGCUUGCUGGCAGAGAACACGCUGACAGACGAACAGUUGACGAUGCUGGUGUGGGAGGAGGUCAUAGAGGCUGCAGAUACCACGUUGGUCACUACCGAGUGGGCUAUGUAUGAGCUUGCCAAGAACCCAGAUAAACAGGAUCGUCUCUUCCGGGAGAUCCAAGAUGUCUGCGGCGACGAGAUGGUCACCGAGGACCAUCUGCCGCGGCUGCCGUACCUGAACGCGGUGUUCCACGAGACGCUGCGGCGCCAUUCUCCUGUUGCACUGAUACCUCCGAGGUUCGUCCAUGAGGCCACCAAACUGGCCGGCUACGACAUCCCAGCCGGCACUGAGAUCAUCAUCAACCUGCACGGAUGUAACAUGAACAAGAACGAUUGGGAGGAGCCCGAGGAGUGGAGGCCGGAGAGGUUCCUGGACGGGAGGUUCGAGGCGGCGGACAUGUACAAGACCAUGGCGUUCGGCGUCGGGAGGAGGGUCUGCGCCGGAAGCCAGCAGGCGACGACCAUCUCGUGCGCCGCCAUAGCGCGGUUCGUGCAGGAGUUCUCCUGGAGGCUCAGGGAGGGCGACGAGGAGAAGGUGGACACCGUGCAGCUCACCAGCUACAAGCUCCAUCCGCUCCACGUGCAUCUCUCGCCGAGAGGGAGGAAGUGA